AUGAGUGGCACCGACGACCGUAAAUCGGCUAUUAUAAUGCACGACGGAGAGCUCGAUCCGAGCGUCGUCGCAGAACUGCCGAAACAUUGUCGGAUUGUAUCUACAGAGCACCGUGGCACCAGCUUCUGGGGUCGAACUGGCCGGAUAAACGUGGAAUUGAGUGAUGGAACUCCUCUCUCAUACUUUGUGAAAAUAUUGCCGAAAGAGCUGGGCAAGAACAUCGUCCGCGGGGAGUUCGAGUCUAUGAAGGAAAUAUCCACGUUGCUUCCUGAUUUUGCACCGAAGCCAAUCGCCUGGGGAACGUAUGAAAACAUGCCAGACAUGCAUUUCUUACUAUGCGAAUAUCGAGUUAUGCAAGAGCAGAUGCCAGAUCCGCACAAAUUUACAGCUCGCCUUGCAGAGCUCCACCAAAGCAGCAAGUCGACGAACGGCAAAUUUGGCUUCCAUGUAACUAUUUACAGCGGCAAUUUGCCGCAAAGGACCGACUGGGAGGAUAGCUGGGGGGUUUUCUUCUCGAAGAGUUUAAAGCAAGCCCUAGACCUAGAGCUACAAGCUAAAGGGCCGGAUUCAGAGCUUGAUAUUCUCGUCCCGAUCCUUUUUGACAAAGUUAUACCUCGUCUACUUCGACCCCUGGAGAGCGAGGGGAGAACAGUAAAACCCUCACUGGUUCACGGAGAUCUUUGGUAUGGAAAUUCUGGAAUAGACGUUGAGACCGGCGAAGCUCUCGUCUUUGACGCAUGCUGUUUCUACGCGCAUAACGAGUACUUACGAUUAUUUGGUUUGAUGGAAGACGAAUUUGGCCAGUGGAGACCGCCCUCUUCAAUGAGAAUCACGGGCUUAGAGAACAGAUGCUUAAUGACAUCAAGGACUUGGUUGAAAGAUAUGGUUGAUACGCAGGGAAAAGGCGAAGACAACCUGCAAACUAUACUGUCUCUUGAUCUCUUCGCUAUCUAA